CUGAGACAUGAACGAGCACGAGAUACAAGAAGCCACGUCGCCUAGUUCCCAGACACCGUACUGUGAUCCGUCAUCGGUUCGACUUCAUGACGGCACUGGCGUGAAGGAGAUGAAAGAGGGUGAAAGUCACGAAGCUCUUCUCGGACCGGACGACAAACCACUCAAAACGUUUCUGUGCUGGCACAUGACCAAGAGGCAGCGGAUUCUCGUCAUCCUCGGACUGGUCCUAUUACUACUCGUAGUACUACUCCUCAUAACUAGGUUCGCCAUAAUCCCUGCCAUUGCCCGACACUACGCUAACAGCGUGCAAAUGACGCUUAACUCCAUGGAUAUCGUGGAUAUUCCGGACAGCAAGACCCUCACGGUCGAUAUCAACGUGAACAUCCAGCACAAAGUGGGCGUGUCCGCUACCACAGACAACACAACAGUCUCACUACUCUUCGAUGGCGCCGUAUUUGCCACACUACCAUUCCCAGGACUAGACAUUAACACUGGAUUUCAAGACUAUAACAUCACCAUUGCCACCGAUAUGCCCCUCACAGACCUCGACGUCUUCAACGCCAUGACUGUCGCUCUCAUGAACGAAGCCGAAGUCACUUUAACAGCCACUGCAUCUCUUGAUAUCCGUGCAUUGGGAAUGUCUUUUGACAAUGACUUCAAACGAGACUUGCCACUCGAGGGCUUCGGCGAUUUUACUGAGCCGGAGCCUGUGAUCGAACACAUAGAGCUCACUAAGUGCACGCCAUCCGAGUAUCUACUCAACAUUAACGUAACUUUGGAUAACACGGCGCGAGUGGGACUGGACGGCAUUGGUGCGCUCAACAUGAGUCUGUACUAUGAACAACAAUAUUUGGGCUACGCGUUGUCACAGAAGCCCGAGUUGGGCAUCCCUCGCGGCGUGAGCGACCAGUUCUUCCUCAUCACAAUAGACGCCGAAGAUGUCUCGAUUUCCAGCAUGAUCAUCUCUGCUUUGGCUUCCAGCACGCAGUUCUACAUCGUCGGGAAUAACCCGUACGCCACGACGCACAGUCAGUUCCUUGAGGCACUGAGCAAUGUCAACAUGAGCGUGCCAUCAAGUAGCGGCUCACUCACCAACAUGAACAUUGGCUCAUCGUGCAACCUACUGACGCUACUAGCCGGUUAAUUACAAUAAGAAAUAGCGCAAAAACUAUUAUCUGC